AUGAAGAGUAUAGAAUACAGUGAAAUAGUCAACGAUCAUUUAGAAUCAAUCACAGAAGAGGAAGUUGCGAAACAAUGGCACUACGUGCCAUUUACACUCACACUAUCAUCACCACCUAGAGAUAAAGAGGAUAAUGAACGUAACUCAGCUGGACGUAGUUCAUAUACUUUGCCCGAACAGAAUCCCGAUGGAUCGAAAGCUCCCCAAACAAUCGUAUCAAAAAAUAAAUCUCGUAAAAGACCUCAGUUCCAGCAUGAUCCGCAUGUUCCGACACCGGUCUCGCAGGUAGAUAUGACAAAAGCCGAAUCAUUAUUACGCGUUUGGGGAAUGUUUACUAAAGCGAUACGACCACCAUAA